AAUGGAAAAAACUCCUUUGCUGAGAGGAGAGGAGAGCAGAGUUGAAUUUGAAAAUGGAGGGCGUGUCGUACCAGCGAUUCCCCAAAAUUAAAAUUCGAACGGUGAAGGAUGAUUUCAUGAAGUUCGAGCUGCGUGAAACUGAUGCCAGCAUCGCUAAUGCGCUUCGGCGUGUGAUGAUUGCGGAAGUUCCUACAAUUGCCAUCGAUUUGGUGGAAAUCGAGGUGAAUUCGUCUGUCCUUAACGACGAGUUCAUUGCGCACCGGCUCGGCCUCAUUCCACUCACCAGCGAGAGAGCCAUGAGCAUGCGCUUCUCCCGAGACUGCGACGCGUGCGACGGAGAUGGCCAGUGCGAGUAUUGCUCCGUCGAGUUCCAUCUGCGCGCCAAAUGUAUCAAUGACCAGACGCUGGAUGUGACCUCCAAGGACCUGAUUGGCUCCGAUUCUACCGUUCUUCCAGUUGAUUUUUCCGAUUCCUCGACCGGCGAUGGCUCAGAAAACAGGGGAAUUAUUAUUGUGAAGCUGCGCCGUGGUCAGGAGCUGAUUUUAAGAGCCAUAGCUCGCAAAGGAAUAGGCAAGGAUCAUGCCAAAUGGUCUCCUGCCGCAACUGUCACUUUUAUGUAUGAGCCUGAUAUUUAUAUCAAUGAAGAGUUGAUGGAGACUUUAACCCUCGAGGAGAAAAAGGAGUUUGUUGAAAGCAGCCCCACAAAAGUGUUCGACAUAAAUCCAAACACUCAUCAGGUUUACGUUUAUGAUGCUGAGGCGUAUACGUAUGACGAUGAAGUUCUUAAGAAAGCUGAUGCAAUGGGGAAGCCCGGCCUCGUAACGAUCCAAGCCAAAGAAGACAGCUUCAUAUUCACCGUAGAGACAACAGGUGCAAUAAAAGCAUCUCAGUUGUUCCUGAAUGCCAUAGAAGUUCUUAAACAGAAGCUGGAUGCUGUUAGGCUGUCGGCAGACACAGUGGAGACUGACGAACAGUUUGGCGAGCUCGGGGCACACAUGCGCGGAGGUUGAUCUUUCUUCCUCGUGUUUCGACUGACUGAAAAUGAAGUAACUAGUCGCGGUAUGGAACAUGAUCCUAGGCUGUAAUUAUAUGGGAGCUGUGUUUGAUUUGAUGGUACGGAGAAGCUCAUUGUUUAAGCCGUCCGAUUGCUAUUUCGAUCUUUUUGCAGGCAGGCUAAUCUCAUCUGGAAUUGGUAA